UGGAUCCGCUUCUCUUGCUGGCGUUUGGUGCUCAGAGCCAAACCGACUUUGGUCAGAAACAAAAUAAUGGCUCGACCUCCACCAAAACCGUGGGAAAGGCGAAUCCCAGGAACAUUUACUGCACCGUUAAACUAUCGCUCUACUGACUUUGGAUCAGCAGCACAGAGUGGGCCAUCCGUGCCUGGUCCUCCGGUUCUAACACGCGUGACACCACCCAUCCCUCCAAGACCCGUCCAACAGGCAUAUCGUCCUGCCUACAGCAAUUUUCCCUCCUCAUACAGUCCUUAUGGGAGCUCCAUCUAUGGGGGCUACAGUCCUUACAGCUACAGUGGUUAUGGAGUCGGAGGCGGCCUUGGUUUUAACCGUUACCAAACAGACGAUGUCCCACCCAGCCGGUUUGUCCAGCAGGCAGAGGAGAGCAGCAGGGGAGCCUUUCAAUCCAUUGAGAGCAUUGUUCACGCCUUCUCAUCAGUCAGCAUGAUGAUGGACGCUACUUUCUCUGCUGUCUAUAACAGCUUCCGUGCCGUACUAGAUGUGGCCAAUCACUUCUCUCGUCUGCGCAUCCAUUUCACAAAAGUUCUGUCUGCAUUUGCCCUGGUUAGGACCCUUGGAUACCUAUAUCGCAGACUACAGAGGCUGCUGGGAUUGCGUCAGGAUUCGGUAGCUGAUGACCUGUGGGCUGACAGCGAGGCUGUCUCCGUGUUGUCGGCUUCAGGAACCAGGGGUGCAGGGAUAGAGGACCCCAGAGUGAAUUCUGUCAAAUCGUGGCCCAUUUUCUUGUUUUUUGCUGUAGUUCUUGGAGGGCCGUAUUUGAUCUGGAGGCUUUUGAGAUCUACUGAGGGUCCUGAGGACAAUGCCACUAACUGGGCGAGUGGGGAAGAUGAUCAUGUGGUUGCACGAGCCGAGUAUGACUUCACAGCCACUUCUGAGGAGGAGAUUUCACUACAGGCUGGAGACAUGCUUAAUCUGGCCCCUAAAGAACUACAGCCCAGGGUCCGUGGCUGGCUUUUAGCCAGCAUAGACGGUGAGACCACUGGUCUUGUUCCUGCCAACUAUGUCAAAGUGUUGGGCCGGAGAAGAGGUAGAAAGCAUGCAGAAUUAGAGAGGCUGGCACAGGUCCAGCAAGAUGCUCAGAACUUUCAAGAACCCCAAAUUGGCCUGGCGACAGACUCUUCUCUAGCUGCCAGCUCCAGGAUGCCUGUCUCAAGCACUUCAGGCCAUGAUGAUCUACUGGAGUCUAUGUAUGGGGAAACACUCAGCCCUCACACUGUCCUGGAGGUGCAACCUUCCAAAAACAACAUCAGUAAUACUGUAGUGAUAACAUCGGAAAAGAUAGACUUAUGAACCUGUAUAUGUGGGAAGGCAUGUGUGCAUAUAUGUGUUGGCUUGAGCUCAGUAGGAGAAAAACUCCCUCGAUAAAACUUGGUCUGGUAACUGAAAGAAGAGGAGCUAAUCAAAAGUGAAGGACUUGAAGGGGUAGGUGAAGAUUAAGCUCCCUAAUCAGUGGAAUAUAUCAUUUGAGCAGCAUAGCUGAGCAGCGAAUAAAGCAAUUUCAGUAAACUGCUAGGCUUACAGCCUUUAUUUGUGAGUAAUAUUUUUAGUUUCUUCUUCCAACAAAAUAUGUAUAUCAGCAUUAUAGAUUGUCAGUUUAUGUUAAUAUCGACCUAUUCAUUAAUAAUGAAUCAUUUUGAAUAAUAACUUGGGAAAAUGGAUUUAGUUAAUUUGAAUAUUUUCACAUCAAACUUAAAGGUAAAAGGCUACAUAUAUGUUGUCCUUCAUGUAUGAGCAGUUGAUAAGGUUAAAUUGGAAAAUCUCAGUAAACAUGCAGCCUCAUCAAUUUCAAUUUGUAUGGCAACAUUUAUUACAAAUACCAUUAAAGGAAAACAUUUCACUAUAAAAGAAUACUCCCCCCUGUCCUAAUGUAAUAGUUUUAGGUUGUUUUCAUUUUCCUCUAAUGUUGUGAAUAUUUAAUGUGUUCAUUAUAUGUUCUGUCAUGGUUUGGUUUGUGUAUUUUGUUCUGUGUUAAAGCUUGUUUGAUCUCCCUUACAAUUAAGACAAUGUGCAAUUAUGAAAAUAUAAUCAAUUCUAUUGUCAGUAAAAUUUUUGUAACUGUGUUGUCAUGGUUUUCUCUAUUGCAUUAACUAUAUUAAUUAUACAGACCAAUAAUAAAUACUCUGAUGUCAAGAAAAGUCAGUUUAAUGAGUUAAAUCUAUACCAUGACUACACAUUCUGAGGUCAAUACAAGUUAAGCUCAAUUGGCAGCAUUUGUGGCAUAAUGUUGAUUACUACAAAAGUUCAUUUCAAAUUGUACUUUUCAAAAAAAGCAAAAAUCUGGAUUACAGUGAGGCUCUUACAAUGGAAGCGAAUGGGGCCAUGCUGUGUAAACAUUAAAAUACUGUUUCAAAUGUAUAGCCACAAGAUGUCAACUAUAUGUGUGUUAAUGUGAUUUUAGUGUGAUAAAAUCGCUUACAAACCUUUUUUGUGUAGUUAUCCAAUUUUACAACUGUGUUGCAAUAAUGAUGUAACACUGUAAACCCUAAAACAAUGAUUUAAACAACUUUUACAGCUCAUAAAACACAAGUUUUAACAGAAGAUUUGAUGUUAGUGCUUUUUAUAAAAUUAUAAGCUUCAUAUUUUUGUUUAAACCCUCCAAAAUUGGCCCCAUUCAUUCCAUAUAAGUGCCUCAAUGUUACCCAUAUUGUUGCUUUUUUUAAAGGAGGGAUGAAGAUGAUUUUUUGUGGUAAUCAGUAUUAUGCCACAAAUAAGGUUUAUUGAGCUUAACUUGUAUUGAACCCUGAAGAUUCCUUUAAAGAAAAACAUUGUUGCAGUGCAUGCAAUUAUAAUGUUUAUACAGAAAGAGAUAAAGUUCAGUACAACACCGUUUCAGUCAAGGGCUUUGUUGUUUAUGUUUU